CACAACACUGUGCCGUCUCUGUUCCAGGGAGAAUAUCAGCUCUGCACAGGGAGGAGAGGAUUAGCGCAGCCACUCAGCUCAUCUGCAUACACACAUUCCCAGAGAAGCACAUGAGCACCCAGGGCUGCAUCUCUUUUGUAUAAAACCUGGCACCCCUACUACACAGGGCUCCACUUGAUCCACUGUCUCUGCUGUGAGAGGAUUUAAUAAGGACCACUGUUUUACUUUUUCUUUUUCGGACUCCAGACUCUUUUUAUCAUUUAAAUUGGUGUUCUGUGAUGUCUCUGUUUAACUGGGACAAUGCAAGUAAUAUCGUUUGAUGCAGACUUGCUCUGAGCAUCAAGGAGCUUCACCUUCAUCCUUUCUACUUUUCUACUGGAUUUGUUCCGUGAUCUUGUUUGGGAAACUGCAGCAGCAGAAGCAGAAUGCCAUCCAGAGAGUCCUACGAGGUUCACAAGGAGGAUAAGUCCCUGGUGCAAAAGGCCAAGCGAGAGGCCAAUCAGGAGGAUAUUCUGGCUGCCGCUCUGGGGAUGAGGAUGGGGCCACAGAAACCUCCAGCCGCUUUCUGGCAGCCACUUAAACUGUUCGCCUAUUCACAGCUCACCUCACUGGUGCGCAGAGCGACACUGAGGGAGAGCGACCGGACGCCCAAAUCUGAGAAAGUCCACAACUUCAAGGUCCACACCUUCCGAGGGCCUCACUGGUGCGAGCACUGUGCCAGCUUCAUGUGGGGACUGAUGGCCCAGGGGGUCAAAUGUGCCGAUUGUGGUUUGAACGUCCACAAACAGUGCUCAUCUCUGGUCCCUGAUGACUGCAAGCCCGACCUGAGACACAUCCGUAAAGUCUACAGCUGUGACCUCACCACCCUGGUCAAAGCUUAUAACACAGCACGGCCCAUGGUGGUGGACAUGUGCAUACGAGAGAUCGAGUCCAGAGGGCUGAAGUCUGAAGGCCUCUACAGGAUAUCUGGAUUUAGUGAUUCAGUGGAGGAAGUCAAGAUGGCAUUCGACAAAGAUGGCGAGAAGACAGACAUCUCAGUGAACGCCUAUGAAGACAUCAAUAUCAUCACGGGUGCACUCAAACUGUACCUGAGGGAUUUGCCCGUUCCCGUCAUCUCAUACGACGCCUACCCCAGGUUCAUCGAGGCUGCGAAGCUCACAGACCCAGAGAAGAAGCUGGAGGCUUUCCGUGAGGCUCUUGCUCUGCUGCCGCCAUCACACAAUGAAACUCUCAAGUACCUCAUGGCACAUUUAAAAAGGGUAACGCAGAAUGAAAAAUUCAACCUGAUGAACGCAGAGAACCUCGCCAUUGUUUUCAGUCCCACCCUCAUGAGCGCACCGGACCUGGACGCCAUCACAGCACUCAACGACAUCCGCUACCAGAGACAGGUGGUGGAGGCGCUCAUUAAAAACGAAGACGUGCUCUUCUGAACACAGAUCAGGACUUUUAUACAACAGCUCUCUAAUCAUUCUUUUGUGUAAAGACUUGAUUACUGUUUGUAUUACACAUAGACUGUAUAUAAAGAUGGCUCCCCAAAGGUGAAGCCAAAGCGUCUCGGUCACCAUCUGAUGGCUGGUUGCAGUAUUGCUCAUAAUUCCCACCUCAUCCAUGUUGGUGGAUGGGACUAACUAAAAAUAUGUGAAAUAAAUUUCUCUCCAAGAUGGUUUCUGUCAUUUAAGGUAGUUCCAGGCAUGUUUGGCUUUAAUUUGUUAUUUGAAGCUGUAAAAACAGGAUUAAAUAUCAUGACUGACAGCUGAAACUGACUCAGGAUAACAAAAUGGCAGUGUUUGUAACAUUUUGGCUUCACUUCUGGAUAGUGGGUUGGGGGUGGAGUCACCACAGUCUAAGGUAUUACAUCUAUUGAUAGAUUUUUUUAAAUGCCCUUUGUAUGGACUAGUGCUGACCCAACAUCUGUCCUCCCCUGUGCUGGGCGUGGAUGAUGAACCUGACACUUGUACGUACUCUAUGUCUCCCCAUUUUUGUCGGGGGAUUUUCAGAAGCUGACAUACCAGCAUGCAUGGUGCGAGGUCUUUGUUGCUUUGUAGUCGUGACCCAGCAUGUGUUAAACAUCGAGUAGCGCUGUGAUUUUGCUUUUGUCUGAUUUGUAGAAGUUUUAGUUCACGUUGCCAGCUGCCUCUGCGCAGCUUUUUCUGUGAAACAUUGCAUAGCUGGAUGUAAAAAAAAAAAAGCUGAUUUAUCUUGGGUAAUUUCUAUGAUGCUGUAUUUUUUUAUCUCCUGUUUGUAACCUGCAGUGCUUAGUUGAAUGAGCCUUUCCUGUUACUGAGUAGACACUGGUACAUUUGCCUGAUUGUAACAUUUCUAUUGUGUUAUAAACAGCAUUAUUUGUGAAUUUAAUUUUUUUAAUGUAAUGUUUUUUAUAAACAACUUGUGCAUGAUCACUUUAAUUUAUUAAACCUUACU